AUGAGGAGCUCGGGCUUCUCGCGUGCCCUGAACAGUUUUCGUGGUGGAAACCUCGACAUUCGGAAUAAAAGGCCUCUUAAAAGCCGCUCCAUCCCCUCCCUCCGCCGCCCCGACCCCUCCUCCCCACCGCCGGUCCCCGCCGCGCCGCCGGCCUUCAGCAUCGACAGCAUCCUGCAGCCCGGCCCCCGCCGCCCCGCCCGGGAGCAGGGCAGAGCCCGCUGCGCGCUGCCGGAGGAGGAGGAGGAGGAGGAGGAAGAGGGGCCUGCGGAGCAAGACCCCAGUAAAGGCUCCAUCAGCUCGGGUACGGACCGCGGUCUCCGCCCGGAGGCCGAGGACGGCGGCGGCGGCGAUGCGGGCUCCCCGCUGUCCGCGGAGGGGCUGCGCGGCCCCCGGCAGCAGCCACCGCCGCCGCGGGAGGCCGGGAGCAGCGGAGGGGAGAGCGGCCGGUCGUCGUCGGCGGGGGGCAGGAAGAAGACGCGGACCAUCUUCUCCAAGAGCCAGGUCUACCAGCUGGAGUCCACCUUCGACGUGAAGCGCUACCUGAGCAGCGCCGAGCGGGCCGGGCUGGCGGCCGCCCUGCACCUCACCGAGACCCAGGUGAAGAUCUGGUUCCAAAACCGCCGCAACAAGCUCAAGAGACAGAUGUCGGCCGAACCCGAGGGCCCGGGGCCGGCACCGGCGGAGCCCCCCGGGGAACCGCCGCCCCCCGCCGCCGCUCCGGCUCUCUCCUUCCCGGCCCUUUACAAGGACAGCCCCCUGCUCAGCCGCUGCUUGCUGCCGCUGCCCUUCCCCCUGCUCUACCCGGGCAGCGCCAUCCCCUACCUCUGCCUCCCCGGGCCGGGCAAACACUUCAGCCUGGUGGAUGGGGACGUAUAGCCUCUCCCCCCCGGCCCCCGACCUCCCUCUCGCCGGGGGCCGCCCUGACCUUAUUUAU